AUGCUGUAUAUCGAUCAACUAAUCAACACUGGCUUUUCCUACGGGUCCCCCAACUUCAAUUCGACGUUCAACGCAGCGCCCUACGUUUACACCUUCUUGCAGAAAUGCGUCCAAGAUUUCCCGCAGUACAAGCCCCGCGAGCUGAGUGUCUUUGGGGAGUCCUACGGCGGCCACUGGAUCUAUUACGCAGAGUACAUUGCCGAGCAGAAUGAUUUGAUCAAAGCUGGCAAACUCAACGCCACGCCCUUGAACCUCGCCUAUGUCGGGUUGAACAAUGCCUGGUACAACCCCAUCUUGCAGAUGAAGGCGCACGUCGACUACAGCUAUACCAACGGCUGA